AAAUAGCUCUUAAGUAAAAUAUUGAGUGACUAACAUCAUUGGCUUGUAGUGACCGUCAGUUUUGCUUGAGAUUGCCAUUAGAGACAACGUUUAAAGUUGAUUAGUUAGUUUAAUACACAGUAAAGGUCAGGGUAUUAAAAAAUGAGGGUAAAUUCUUGAAAACUUCCGACGACUGUUGGAAUAUCGUUUAUUUUCAUGCACAAAUAAACAUCGAAUAUUUGACAAAAUAAAACAAAAAUUUAAGUAAAAGUAAAAUAAAGUGAAUACUUUACAAUCUUUAUAAAAUGAAAGGAUAAUAAACAAGUGAGUGACGUGGAUAUAUAAGAGCAAGCUUAUGUUGAAUGGCAAACAACAAAGCAAAACUAAUAGUCCUAAUACGAUACUACAGACAAUACGAAUAGUACUCACAUCGUCCUCAAAAGCAACGUUUCUCUCAGCAAAGUCGUAAACACUAACGUAGAACGAAUAAGCAUAUGGGAAUAUACAUACAUAGUUACUACAGCCAUAAGGAGAGCAACGGGCAGUAACAAGUGAACAAUUUAAGCAACAGGAAGUUUAUUUCGUUUCAAGAGCAUUAUUAAAGCAGAAGAAGCGAUUUACAAAUGGAGGAUUUAUUUUUGCUUAUAAUAAAGGAGUCCACAGGGACAAAGCAUAAUGCGUUGCGGCAAACUGCGCAAAUUGCAUACGAUAAAUUAUAUCGCCAGCACGGAAUCCAUCGGGAUCCAGCUCAUGAACUCCGGUCUGUAUGCUUCACUGCACUACAAAUGGCCCUCGAUACAAAGCGUCCAAAGUUUGUUACAAUGGGACUCAAUGGAUUGCAUCGCAUUAUUAAAGACGAACGCUUUUACAUUGGCUUAGAACCAGAAGAUGACUCGGUGUGGUUGCCCGCUCAGUUGCUACGCGCCACAAGUGGUAUUUUGCCUACGACCAGUAAUGAAGAUACCGUGAUCAAUGUUUUACGACUAUUUUUGGCUAUGGCUUGCUCUCCAGCGUGCACAUUAAAUGGUCGUCUUUUAAUUGAAACACUUUCACGUUGCGGCGAAUGUUGGGAGUUAGGCUCUCGUGCCACAAAAGCCGCCUCUCUGGCAGCAGCAUCACAAUGCUUGCGAACUUUUUGCGCCUUUCUCAUGGAAGAGGCCGAAGAGGUGAAGAAGACUGCUCCACCUGGUCUGAUGACUCAGACGCAGGCAUCUGCUGUGUAUAAUGAAGUGAUACCUGUAAUGCAGUGGUUAUGCAGUCGCUUGGUAGAGCCAACUGCGAAUGGCUCACCGAACAAAAAGGCAGACAACAACUGCUCGUUAUAUUUAACAGAAUGCAUUCUUACAUUGACAUCAGCAUUGCCGCGAAACGUUCACGCGAAUCCACACUUUACAUCAUUCUUAUGGCAGAAAUUUUGUCCAACAUUGGCGGCAGCGUUGGGUUCGCCAGGUCGCAUUAAUUUGGAUAAAAAGUUUACGUAUAAGGAUGCAUUGAAUAUGAUCGAGAAUGAAGCCCGUGGCUUUUUUACUGGUCCUGGUUUAGACGGUCCACAGGCUCGGUGCGUGUACUUGACGGCGAUACAGUUAUUGCGUAUUGCCGGAGCAUAUGGGUCGCUUCGACCUAUGCUGGAGGCCCUCUUUCAUCGUAUGCUUCUAUUGCCAGCGCCUCAAAAUCGCACUGAGCCACUGAAGUGUGUUCGCGAAAUAUUGAAAACUCCGGAGCGACUGAUAGAUCUAGCGGUUAUACUGUAUGUCGAUAAAAGUACAGGUCAAGGAUGCAGUGAUGAAAUGGCCUUAUUUCGCCUUAUGGUCGAUGCUAUGGAAGAAUGCGCCUUUGGUGUAAGUACAAAUUCGGGAAUGGAGACCGGACUUCAUGCAAGCGUGGAAUGUAUGGUCGCACUGCUAGAUAGUUUGCAAAUACUUUGCAGCGGUGAAGUAACUGAAUCAAUGAUUAGUGAUCAGAUCGUGAGUGCAGUCAAUAGUCGUCAUGAAACAUUGAAGGAUGCCGAUUACACUGGUCCUUUGACUUAUCAAUCAAUGGCGCGUCUACCAGCUCCUUAUCGUGAUGCCAUUGUAGAAUUUCGGCAAAAUGUGUUUGAAACAUCCUCUGGCUCUGAUAGUGAUGGCGAUCAUCCAGAACAAGAUGCUGCUUCAAAUGGUUCUGGCGAUACAGAAGGACCAGAAGAGGAGGAACAAUCGACUUCAAGUGAUGAAACUUUACGUGUGGAAAACCGAUGGCCCUACACUCAUCUGGAAGCCCCGGUAAUACCUGUGCGGGCCGAUAUUGACAAUGAUCGGCAACACGCCAAAGAAUUUGCAAAAGCUUUGCGUACAGAUUUAGUGCCGAAAUUAUUACGUCUACGUUCUUGCAUUGAGGUGGACGAAGCCAUGCAGGAAUUCGCUUCAGUUGUCUGCCAAGAGAAUACUAUGAACUUUUCUGAUUUUGAUUGUCACCUUACAGCCAUAAAUGCUGAUGGCAUUUACCUAGCUAUUUAUUCGUCAUUACUACUCAGCUUGCAAUUAACAAAGGCUGGAUACUAUGAUGAUCCACAGAAGGAGAUACUAAUCCCCAUGUCCGAACAACAAUUCGUCACAUCAGUCCAGAAUACUGGAGUUCUGGUGUACCUCUCAUCUCCUUGGCUUUGCGAAUUGUAUCAAACCGUAUUAGUUUCAAAUGCAUUGGAAGCGAUGAGCAGCGAGGAAUUAGAAGGCACCUAUUCACGAAGCGCCCUUGUGGAUAUGUUGGGGGAUGCUGGAGGAUUGGGCCCAACUCAGAUGCUCUCCGAAUGGCAGCGAUUGCAAAUAGCGAAUGUGAAACAUACAGAAGAGCUGGAUAGCAAGCGUCGAGAGGCCGCAAAGAAGCUUUGCAGACGCUUAUUGACAUGUUGUUGGGAUUCAAUGGUUAUAGUGCUAAGCUCGGGUUUAGGCGAUUUAUCUUGCACUAAUUCGAAUAAAUUAGUGGCCUUGUCAAAACGCACACUUCGAGUCAAAGCAAAAACAAAUAAAACAAAUGGUGAAGCUUUAUACGCUAUGUGCUUGGAUGGUUUACAUUCGGCCGCAACUUUAAGCAACAGUUUGAAUUUGCAACAUUUGGCUGGAAAAAUUUUAAGUCUUCUGGCGUCAAAUGUUUGCCAGACAAAUGGGCCAAGAAUUUCUGCUAGCCAAGCAAUGUCUAUGGAUGUGGUUUUAAAUGGAGGCUUGAAUUUAGGCUCCUAUAGCCCUGAUUGUUGGCAAUCCGUAUUCGCUGUGUGUCGUCAUGUCAGCCAGUUGGAACACGAAAUUUUCAGUUUGCAAAAUUCAUCGAUUGGCACUUCACCAGGCACAGGGCGACGUGACUUGGAAACCGGUGAAAAGCUUAAUAAUACAGCUCAAAAUGACAAACUUAAUUUAUCUUCACUACCCAUAGAUGAUGAUGAAACGUGCGUGGAUGUUUACAGCUUUCUUCAGGCCCCUCUACAAAGUCCCAAUACAAAUAUUACAUCUAUAUUAAAAGUAUAUUCAGGCACAAAUGAAACGGUGCUAUUGAGUCAGAGCGACACCUCAAAAGUUCUUUGCGCUCUGUCACACCAGGCUGAAAAUUUAUUCUCAGACGCUGCUGAGCGCUUAAGCCUUCCUUCACUAUGUCAGUUUUUAAAACACCUAUGUAAAGCAUCAAGGGAACAGCUCUAUAAGAAUACUACUACUCGCAAAGGCAGCAGAAUUUGGUGGCCGAGCAAAGGUUGGAAGAAAAUGGAAACCCUACCAAUUUCGUUAUUAUUACAUCGAAUCGGAGAUGUUACACUGAGGGUCUUUAAAAGCUCUAGGCCGCUUUUACAUAUAUUAAAAGUAUGGGCCAUCACUGGGCCUCAUCUAAUGGAUGCUUCUUGUCAUCGAGAUCGUGUGAUAUCAAAAAGAGCCAUUGAAUACAUCCAUGAUAUCAUUACAGCACUUCUUGUGGAACAAUCUGAGUUACCUCAUUUUCACUUCAAUGAAGCACUGCUGAAACCGUUCGAAAAUCUUUUAAGCAUGGACACAUGCGAUGUUGAUGUGCAGGAUCAAAUUGUCGCAUGUUUGUAUGAAAUUGUCGAAGCGCACAGAACAGAAAUCCGGUCGGGGUGGCGUCCACUAUUCGGAACGUUGCGCAAUGCUCGUAGCCGCAUGCUAAAUAUGAGCAACAUCAUCGAUAUAUUCAGGGUCUUUCUUGACUCCGAUAACACUUUAGUAUUCGCCAAUGCUGGAUUGGAUUGUAUUCUAUGCUUAUUAUCUUAUAUUAUUAUAUUAUUAUCAAAUAAUAAUACUUGCGGUGAGGAUGAAAAUAGCUUUCGGCCUACUGAGUUCCUACAUGAAACUCUUCGUUUCCUCGAGCGUUGUUCAUCCAUUUUAGGUUUUAUGUUCAACAUGCCGAAGUGUCCCAACUUCCAUUCAACAUAUAAAAUUAAAGGCAUUUCUUAUACCCACAUCAUCGACGCAAAUAUCCCUAAUUCAAUGGAGAAUUUUACAUAUUUCGGCAAUGAUUACUUACAAACGAAAAAUGAACAACACAUGAUAUCGUAUCGGUCGUUACACAUCGACAAAGAUGCUAUUACAAAAAUCGACGAAAUGGAUAAGCCAUCAGGUGUAUUGAAAGUUUGGUUUCUUCUACUAGAUGGUCUUACCAAUUCACUAAUUGUCUGCCCUUAUUCACAUCAAGCACCAAUACUUCAAACAAUAUUUAAACUAUUUAAAAACUUACUAUGCUGCCCUGGUAUCGAUUUCGGAUUUUACUGCAUUAAUCAUCUAUUAAUACCAAUGAUUCAGGACUGGCUACGUUACAUAAAUAAAACCGGUGCUCCUUGGUCAAUGAUUGAAAAAAACUUUAAACACUGUUGUUGCAUGACAACCGACUUAGUCGUGGAAUUCAUCGAGAAGUCUGUUACUGAGAGUAGUCGUAGGCAGGGUAUAACGAAGACACGCAUUACUCAGAUCGUACACACGCCUUCGAAUAUAAAUUCAACUAAUAACUCGAGUAUUAAUAACAUCGAUAAUUCUUUAUAUUCUAAGUUAAAAUUCAUCACGGAACGAAUUGAUGACAAUGAUAACAUUAACCAAAGCAAUCAGUAUGAUAGCUCGUCUUCAAGUGAAGAAAGCGGAGCUAACGUCAUUGAUUCACCAACUAAAAUAUCCGGCUCUGCUACGCUGGCCCUUAAACAACUACUGUUGGUGUUAAUUGAGUGUUCUGCACAGGCGCAGGAGUCUGUAGCUCGCGUUGGAGUGUCGUGCUUAAAGCAUAUAAUCUUAUCCACAGGCAUGCUUUUCAAUGAGUCACAAUGGAUGAUUGCUAGCUCUGCAUUACAUCGCGCUUGUACCGUAACAAUAGCGCCUUUAAGGCAAUUGUCGUUUGCUUUCCAUGAGAAGUCAAAUAGUUUCUAUGGAGAUUGUGCUAAUGUAAAAGUGGCAGCUCGUCGCGAUAGCACCGUGGAGGAAUUGACUCGGGUAUACUCAUUGGCGCAACAAGUUUUCCUCUCUGAUAAUCAAAGAGAACCGACUGUGAAGGUGUCCAAUCACUUAGAAAAACACUUAACCGAUGAGCGAAGCUAUUCAUUUCUUCUAUAUCCUUUAAACAAUGGUUUCAAUUCGAAUCUAGACAAUUUCGUUAUUCGUAUACCUUUCAAGAACUUAGUGGUUGGAUUACUAGCAAAUCAAAUGCUAUUGCAAUUAGUUGCGAAGCUUUUACUUUCACGGUUAAAGUGUGUACCUCAAGCAGUUUCUACAUGCAUAUUUGACAAUUAUGGCACAUCAACGACUGGUCAUGAUUACGACUUGGACUUUCGUUCCAAAGAGAUAUUAUUGCGUUGUGUUAAACAGUAUUUGACGAGUUCCUUAGAAUUCGAUUCACGACCCGGACUUAAAUUUCUUAUGCAAAAGGUCUCCAAUACUGAGUACGCAGCCAACUUAUACAAACAGAUGACGUCAUCUUGGAUGAUCUACUAUAUCGCCUUAGUCGAUUCUUAUUUAAAUGACAUUGUUGUAUAUAAUCUGGGCCCGGAGGACUUGAAAUUCAUACUCGAAUCUUGUUCCCGCCUAAACACAACCACGGUAAAAAAAAAGGAAAACUUUGUGCGAUAUUUAUUCUGUUUACAGGACGCAUGGAACCUUGUAUGUGAGCUAUAUUUAAAUAAUUCAGCGAUUCAUGAUAUUGAAAAUGGAAAACUCCGGUCCGGGGACGGAAGUGAUAAGCGUGUUUUACAACACAAAGUUAUGACCCCGAAACCAAUGCGUAUAUCAGUUAGCACAAAUGGAGAAAGUGCAAGUACAUCAAGCCACUCAGAAACAAUGGCUUCUUCACCCAAUAAGUGUACUCAACUCGAAGAAGAAAAUGUGACAAUGACAACACUGAUCAGUGAAUUCCAACCGAAAAGCCGUAAUAAUCCUUUCGACACAAACCGGCCGCAGAAGUGCGAAUCAGAGGCAAUAUCACCGGAAAUCGAGCAACAACGUGCUUCGAGUAUCCUCAAGGACUCUAAUUACAAGAAAGCUGCUUUAGCUCAACUGGUCGUAGCUUCCAUGGAGUUACUGCGAUCAUUGCCCGGCGAAGCUGAGGAGAAUCUUAAACUUUUAAUGACGCCCACAAUACGAGAAGCCUUUAGACUGGUUCAGUUGCAGGGCAAUGAAUUGAAGGUUAAUCAAUUUUAGGCUAUGCUCGUUGAGUUUUAUUUUGAUUUGUAAGCAGAAGAGAGAUCGCCAUCGAAAUUCAUUUAUGUCAGCCAUAGAACUGGCUAUGGAAUUGAUAUACUCGUAUAAAUAUCGGAGUCAUUUAAGGCGACUAAAUGGCAUAGAUGCUGUCCAUAUACACAUAUAUAUUCAUACAUAUAUACAUCACUUAUGAGUAUACAAUAUAUGCAUACUUGUAUAUCGCCCUUUCUGUUUGGCAGCUCAUAAUGUUAUCUCGUAAGAUAAUAACUAAUGUGUAAUUUGUGAUAAUUAAAUUAUUGAAAUGUAAUAAGCCACUGACGUAUAAUAAUUUACGCGUGAUUUUACGUUACUUUUUCAAUUUCUUCUGGUUGGCUGAUCGGUCGCUAAUCAUGGACGUUAGUCGAAGCCAAAUUAUUACAAACUUCAUUAUCAUAUCGAAAUCUCACAUAUUUAAAACCCACGAUCGAAUGCCAAACAGUCAUGGGUGACGGUAUUUACUAUAAACAUACCUAUAUACAUUACCUACAAUAUACUACAAAUAAAUGCUUUAUUUUUAUAAUGGAAUAUUUGCUUUUAUGCGCUACAAAACUAAGUACAUACGUACAAAUUAUACUACAUACUCCAUAUACAUACUCGUACAUCCAUACAUACAUAGCACCUUUCAUGCGUUUUGCCAAUUUACUAUGGGUAUGAAUUAAAGUUUUCUCAUUUAAAAUCCACCAAGUCUCAUUCCUUAAUUUAUAUAAAUGUAAUUCAGUACCGGACGCUUAAAUACGAAUCUAAAUAGUUAUACCAACCUAUCUGAAGAAAACCACUUUCAUUGUGAUGGCGGUAAACGGCAACACAUUUCAAAGUAAUAACUCAACCACAAAUACAGUACACACUUACACCGCAAUAUUGGAUUUGAAAUGGUGCAAUGUGCUAUGUGAUAAAGAUGCACUCUUUUCCCACAACACAGGAAAACCUGAGGCGGUCAAAAAAGAUCUCAACACUCGGAUUUUGAAAAUUCCAACGUUUUAAAUUUUUAACUUUUCCUUGAGACACAGACAUUUUGCGAUAAUGAACUUAUUAUUUGUCAGUAAUCGUAGAUUGUAAUUAUACUAUAUUGAAAUGGACCCAAUCGGGAUAUUGUGAUUUUAUAAUAUUCUAUAUAUUCAAUCGAGAAUCCAAUUUUGUCUCGCGGUUCUAGUUAACAGAGAGGCAUUAACAUAAUAUGUAGUUACAUACAUACUUGCAAAGAAUAACAAGGCACAAGACGGUUGGACACAAAUUAUAAUUUUUUAUUCUUUUUUAUACAUUUGAACUAUUUAUUAAAUAAUUGGAAACACCAGUAAAUGAGUAGAUGUUUGGGGUCUAACUUCAUAACAGAAUUUCCCUCCAACUCUGUAACACAGAAUAUUUAAAAAUUAAAUCAAAUGAAUAUAAAAUAGUUUUGGUGAGAUCCAUAUGUUUAAGUCUAUAGUAAAAUAUGUACGGAUGAGCAUUUAUCAUGUGUAUGUAUAUGUAUGUAUGAUAACUAUCAACCCGCUUAGUGCUAAGUAUAAAAGUUAAAAUAUAAAUUUACGUAAACGUAUUUGCAAAUUUUUGGGAUGUACAUAUACGAACAAAUAUAUACAUAUACUAUUUAAUUAUAUAUUUGAAAUCUACUGAAUGCAUACAUAUAUUACUAUUCAAUAAAUAAAAUUGCUUAUGUAAAAA